AGGAAAUUUUUAAAAAGGGGUAUUUAGUCUAAGUACCAUUAAGAACUUCGUUUGGUGAUAAUGGUAAUGUUGACAGUGAAGGUGAUAAUGAAAUGAUGAUAUGAAAAUGCUGAAGAGUCUACUCUGGAGCCAGUUACUUUUGGCAUAAACAAAUGCAUCAAAUCAGGGUAACAAUAAUCUCUUUGUUAAAGACGCAACAAUGCUGUAGAGGGGAAUUCUGCAUUGGAGGUAGGACAUUUGUCUUCCAGUAUGUCUUCUGAAUCUAGGCAUCUAUGAUUCUAUCACAGAACAGAAUGUUUUCUUCACCUGAAUUUUCAUUGGUCCAGGAAGCUCUUUUGGGGGCUCUGAAGAUAGUAGAGAGUUGAUACAUGGUUGUGGGAAGGAAUAUCAGCAUGAUGACCAAUUUCAUCUUCCAGGGAUUUUCAGAGAACCCUGAGCUGCAGGUUGUCCUCUAUGUGCCGUUUCUGGGGAUCUACCUCAUGACCCUUACUUGGAACCUGGGUCUCAUUAUCCUGAUCAGGAUGAAGUCACACCUCCACACCCCCAUGUAUUUCUUCCUUGGUAACUUGUCCUUUGUUGAUAUCUCAUACAUCUCCUCCAUAGCCCCUAAGAUGCUCUAUGACUUCUUCAAGGAGCAGAAGACAGUCUCCUUUGUAGGCUGUGCUGCCCAGUUUUUUGUCUUCCUUGGGAUGGGAAGCAAGGAGUGCUGUCUUCUGGUGGCUAUGGCAUAUGAUUGUUAUACUGCCAUCUCCGACCCUUUGCUCUACACAGCCCUCAUGUCACCCAGCUUCUGUCUGAGGAUGGCCAUUACAGCAUACACUGGAGGAUUCCUCUCUGGAUUGGUCCAAACCAGCUCCAUAUUCCGGCUCUAUUUCUGUGGGCCACGAGUCAUCAACUACUAUUUCUGUGGCCUGCCGCCCUUGCUGAACUUGUCUUGUUCUAGUACCUUCCUCAGCCAGGUGAUGAACUUUCUUGUCAUGUGUGCAGUUGAUGGGACAUCAGCUCUUAUUGUCCUGGUUUCCUAUGGCUACAUCAUUUCUUUUGUCACAAAGAUUCAUUCACCCCAAGGGCAGACAAAGCCUUUCAACACCUGUGCUUCUCAUUUGACCACAGUGAUUCUCUUCUAUGGCUCAGGUCUCUUCUCAUAUCUUCAUUCUAGUGCUGGCUACUCACAGGACCAAGAUAAGGUGGUGUCCAUGUUCUACAGAGCUGUGAUCCCCAUGCUGAACCCCAUCAUAUAUAGUCUGUGAAGCAAGGAAAUCAAAGAGGCAUUGGAAAAAU